UAUUGUUAUGGAAUACAAAUAAUUUUGCCCUAAUUCCACGACGUUGAAUGAGGAGGAGGAUAAAAGGAGUACAAAUUUCUCAAUUGAUGGCUCUCAAUCCGUCGUUUCGAAUCGUCUUUGCAGAUUAAUCGAGAGCUGAGUUCAGUCCAAUUCCUUUCGGCUGUGACUCACUUGCAAGCUCUCGCCAUAGCUGCCUCUCUCGGCGACUGUUCGGAGCUUAUUCUCUUCCAUAAAGCCAUCUCUUACAUUCACCACUUGCAGAUGUUCUCCAACUAACCCUAAUUCCUUCUCCACUGUCCUUCUCUCAGCCUUUCCAAAGACCCAUCUUGGUUCCCACCAAAAACCCUAGAAAAUGUCUGGCGGGUUUUUCCGGGGUACGUCUGCGGACCAAGACACUCGUUUUUCGAACAAGCAAGCAAAGCUGUUGAAGACACAGAAGUUCCCUGCUGAACUGGACCAAUUGGUGGAUACGACAAAGGUGAAGAUGGAUGUUAUCAGGCCGUGGAUUGCUACGAGGGUGACCGAGCUUCUUGGGUUUGAAGAUGAAGUUCUUAUCAACUUCAUAUAUGGUCUUUUGGAUGGCAAGGAAGUAAAUGGGAAGGAAGUUCAAAUACAACUCACUGGGUUCAUGGAAAAAAAUACUGUGAAGUUUAUGAAAGAGCUUUGGAUACUACUUCUCAGUGCCCAGAAGAAUGCCAGUGGUGUACCUCAACAAUUUUUGGAUGCCAAAGAAGAAGAAAUUAGGAAGAAGAAGGCAGAGACAGAUUUUCUUGCUAAUGAAAUUCAGAAAAAGAGAGAGAAGGAAAAUCGAGAAAUCGAGGAGCAGAGAUCGAAGAAUAUGGACGAUGGGGCUGAAAAGGUGUCCAAUUCUGUUUUGGAGCAUACGUCAAAGAAUGUGCGCUCAAGGGCUAUGCGAAAUUAUCCAGAGGACGAGGAAGUGGCUGAAAAGAGAAAUGGUGUUAGGGGAAGAAGCAGUGAUAGACACAAGUCAAGGAGUAUGUCUAGAUCACCUCAACGAAGACGACGCUCUUUUUCACGAGGAAGGUCGUCUAGUAGUCCACGUCGAAGGGACCGUCGUGAUUCAUUCUCUCCUCGACAUAGAUCAUCACAUUUGAUGAGAAGAUCUGGAUCUACUUCACAUCGUAAGUCUCGAUCUCCAGAAGUACGUCAAUUGCGUUCUCCUUCUCAACAUAGUUCACCAUCUCCUGGUCGUAAAUCACCAUAUCGAUCAUCUUCGCCUAUGCAACGUCUAUCAUUAUCACCUGCACAUCGAAGGUCACCGGCACUUGAUAAGCAUAAUAGAUCACCAUCACCCACGAGGCAUCGUAGGUCACUAUCACCAAUUAGACGUCGUCGUUCACCUUCACCUGUUCGGCGUCGUAGAUCACCAUCACCUAAAUGGCGUCGUAGAUCACCAUCACCUGAGUGGCGUCGUAGGUCACCUUCACCAGGACGACGUCGUAGGUCACCUUCACCAGGACGACGUCGUAGGUCACCAUCACCAGGACGACGUCGUAGGUCACCAUCACCAGGACGACAUCGUAGGUCACCAUCACCUAUACGACGCUGGAGGUCACCAUCUCCAAUACGACGUAGAAGGUCACCAUCUCCAAUACGACGUCGAAGGUCACCAUCCCCACCACGACGUCAUAGGUCACCAUCUCCAUAUCGUCGAAAAUCACCUUCCUUUGUGCGUCGUCGUAGGUCACCAUCUCCAUCACAUCGUCGUAGAUCACCGUCUCCGGCGCAUUACCGCAGAUCACCAUCACCUAUUAAAAGCCAUAAGUCUCGUUCUCCUGUGCGACGACCUAUGUUACCUUCGCCCUCACCCACACGCAAAUUGGAUAGGUCAUCCCCCCUUGAUCAUCGCAGAACACCCUCACCUCUGGAACGUAGAUCUCCAUCAACCUCUUUAAGCAAAUCUCCUCCAUUGCUGCAAAGGUCAUCUCCAGGACUUCGCAAGAGAUCAAGCCCUUCUCAACAUGGUCGUAGAUCCACAUAUGGUCGAAGUUAUUCAUCAGAGGAGCAGGAAAACCCAUCCCCUGUCAAAGUAAAAUCUGCCCAACAUCGGAGGAGGUCUCUGUCUCAAUCUCCCAUGGACAGAAGCAGAAAUGUUCAGACAUCUCCAGCAUCCCAACUACCUUCUAGAUCUUUAAGAUCACCAGAAAGGGAUGCUAAGGAAAGGAAUAAUUCCAAUAACAGAGCACGAGCGUCAUCAUCGUCUUUGGAGAAGUCUCCAGCACCAGCAAAUUCUCCACCAGUUACAAGUAGUGCUAAUGAUGAUAGGAGGUUAAGUUCUCCACAAUCACGGGCAAAGCAGCAUCGUCGUGACACAAGGGGAGAGGAAGAAGUGGCCACCUACACUAGGGAGGGUGGGAAUCUUGAAUCUAGGUCUUCAUUGAGGAAAUCACUGAAUUCUUCAAUUGUUGGCAAAGUCCCUUCACCUGGAAGUGAUAAGCAUCCUCAAAGGGAUGUGCCUGGAAGUCCCAAUCAUAAAAAAUCUUCAUCAGCACACAAAGAACCUUCACUUGUUGAGGAGCAGCAGCUGUCAUAUUCAAGAGAAGAUAUGAAACAUGAUGAAAAAAGCCACUCACGCCGAAGUAAGGCCAAGGAAGACACUGAACUUCCAUCACUCGAAAAUAAUAAUAACCGACGCGAUGACUCAGAUUCUGAUUUGGAGGAAGGCUAUAAGCGUAAAGCUGGAAGUAAGGAGAAGAAAAGACACAGAAAAUCAGACAGGCGUGACACUUCUUCGGACUCUGAAGACAGCUAUGAUUCUGAAUUGGAGAGGAAGGAGAGCAGGAGGAGGAAGAAGGAGGAGAGGAGGUUGCGGAAGGAGAAGAAGCGCCAAAAACGUGAAGAGCGUAGACGCAAAAAGGAAGAGCGCCGUGCAGGGAAGACAAAAGCUAAGAACCUCAGUGAUAACUACUCGGAUGAUGAUGAUCAAGCUGCAAAGGAAGAGUCUUAUCACAGCGAUGAUGCAGACGAGGCCGAGCAGAAAAGGCUAGAGAUCGAAUUGAGGAAGAAGGCACUGGAAUCAUUCAAUGCAAGGAAAGGAACAAGGUCCUGAAUUUUUUUGUGCGGUGCAUUGUCAUAUGAAUUAUUUGGAAGUAACCUUAAAUUUCAGAUUAGUCUGUACCAAACACAUCAUCUCAUCUCUCCACAUAAGAGUUACUUUGUUCAUCUGUAGCUUCCCUUAACGCCAUGAGGCCGAAUUGAUAAAUGAUGAAUUUCUUGGAUGUUCCUAAACUCGAAACAGAAUAUUGCCUUCUAGAGUUAAUGAGUAAAGUUUCCAUCUGCAGAUC